AUGACAACGACAACGCCCGGCGGCGUUCCCUACAAUGAUGGAAACCCAAACUGUGGGACAACGAAGAAAUUUGGAAUAGUCAAGUCCGACUCGACGUGCACCAACCCGUCCAUUAUCUAUGACAAGAAUGUCCCCUCCCUGGAAAACAUCGUGCUCCAGCACAUUGCCUACUUUCACCCGAGCAAGAAGGGCACCUAUACAUUCAACGUCCUCGAGGCGGAUGAUGCUGCUUAUAUUUGGUUUGGCAAGUUCGCCAAAGACGGAUUCAACAGCCACAAUGCGGAUAUUACCAAGUUUUACGGACAACCUCAAAGAACCCCACUCACCUACCAGGUCGAGAAAGCUGGAGCGUAUAUCCCCUUUAGAUUGUUGUAUGUAAAUGCGCAGACAUGUGCCGCAUUUUCAAUGACUGUCAAGGAUCCGGAUGGGAAUGAGGUUGUCUUGACCGAGAAGAAUAAGCAGUUUGUUUUUGGAUGCAGCAAGGAUUCUAAGGCUCCGCCCUUCGACUUUUAG